UGCUUCGGGAGGGGGCGGGGAGGACUGUGUAUCAAAACGAGCGCACCCGAUGCAGAAGCAGCUGAGCUAACAGGGAGGCUAACAGUGCAGUGGGAAAUAGCGCUUUAAUUAACAACGAAAUUAUCAUCGAAUCACGUCGAUAAACUGCCUGCUCACGGUAAAGAUGAUGGGGUUUUGCAAGAUGCUUCUUGUGUCUCUUCUUGUUAUCACUCUCCUGAGCACUGAAUCAACAUGGGCCAGAAGAGGAGGGGGCAGCAGCAGCAAGGGGGGGUCAUCAUCUUCAUCAUCGUCGUCAUCUAAAACGCAUUCAAAAACAUCUUCUAAAACACAGUCAAAAACAUCUGGCACCCAGGCGGGAAGCAAUCCCAGGCAGCCACAGAGACCCAAUCAAAACCAAAACCCAUACCCUGCUGGUGGAAGUUAUCCUCAUCCAGGCAGAGGGGGUACAAAUCAAGGUGGAUCCCCCAACCAAAAUACAGGAGGUGGUGUUGGGAGUUACCCAGGAGCUGGUAGCUACCCCAACCAGUAUCCUGGGAGAACCAAUCCUGGAGGUUAUCCAAACCAGAACCCUGCAGGGGGUUAUCCUCCUGCUGGUGGAUACCCAGCAGCUGGCGGAUAUCCGAACCAAAACCCAGUGAGAGGUAAUUACCCAAACCAAUAUCCUGCUGCUGGCGCUUACCCACCAGGAGGUGGUUAUCCCAACCAGAAUCCAGGCAGAGCCAAUCCUGGAGGAUACCCUAACCAGUACCCUGCUGCAGGUGGCUAUCCGGGUGGAGGAGGUUUUCCUAAUCAGAAUCCGGGAAGGAAUUUUCCAAAUCAGUAUCCUGCUGCUGGGGGGUACCCUAACCAAAUGCCUGGCAGGGGUGGAUAUCCAUACCAGUACCCAGCAGGAGGGGGUUACCCAGUUAAUGUGGGGAAUACAGGACAGGGUUGGGGUAUGCAUUCAAAUCCCGGAGGCUACCCAGGUGGAGCAAUUGGAGGUUACUCCAAUUGGAACCCAAAUAAUAAGAUCCUUAGUCCACGCUUUGGUGGAGGUGGUUUUGGACAUGGUGGUUACGGGGUGGGUGGGUCUCCAUUUGCUCGUUCUGUGCAGAGUAUGGGGUACAACCCCUCUCCUAAGUCGAAAGGCUUUGCCAAAAAAGCGUUGAUGGCAGCUGGUGUCGGAGCAGUGGCUGGUAUGGCAGUUGGGUACGGAUUAGGGCGCUUCCCUAGACCACACUUCAGUUUUCGCAACCCUCAAGAAGAAUACUACUAUAACAAUUACAUGUACCGUGAGUAUGGUGCCCGUUCCACAGAUGAAAAAGACUUCCGUCGUGAUUAUGAAUACAGGCCUCCGCCACGUGCACAGUCCUACGAGACAUUCAUGGAUAACUGCAUGAAUAAGACGGACAUAGUUGGAAAUCAGACUCCAGCUCUUAGCAGUCAAGGUGGAGGUGACCAGCAGGACAACGACACUGUCAGUAUUGAGGAGAUUGGAUACCCGGCUUUAAUUAAGCAGGUGAAGUCUCGUCGUUGUGUUGAGCAGUAUAUGGAGUACUCCAAACGUUUCAUGCAGAAACGAAAAGCAGAGCACCGUGUCCCGAACAGUCGUAGCAACCAUCUGAACGAUGGGCUGAUACACGUUUUCAUCUCCCUCUUUGUGCUUUUGAGCAGCAUGCUCCUUCUCCAGUGAGAACAUUUAGCUGAUACCGUGUUCUCAAUGGAUUUGAUUGACAUCUGUUGUUUUUGCACUUAUACACUACUCCUGUUAUAUAUCACCUACAUCGUGCACUGCAAUGUAUUCCUUUAACCAACUUGGGUCACCAUUAAAUCAUUCAGUGUCUUUGAGAAGCUGAGAAAGGUACUGCUACAGAAACUGAAAGUGCAUCACUUUUGCUUUUCCUGAAUUUAUUUUGCACGGUUACACUUGAACAUUGGAUUUCUUGUUUAUUUUUGGGGUGUGGGGCAAUAUACAGUCUUUUGCAAAAUAUUCAGGUAGAUUUAAUGGCUAAACAAAAGGCUGCUAAGUAGCUAAUACUUAUGAAUAAAUAUUAACACUGUAAGUAUAAAGUGUUAACUGUGUUCAAUUUUAAAUAACUUCAAAAUCUUUCAAAUCAAACGGAUGCGCAGGAUUGAGGUGACGGGGGAAGGUGAGGUCGCGGGAGACCCCCAAACAGUCCUAACAAUGGUCAUCAAUAGGCAUGUUUUGUAUUGGAAUAGAAAUAAUUGGGUAGCAUAAAUUUGGCUUCAAGGAAAAACGUCAAACAUUGUAUUUAUAGUCAACAUUAUGAAGUGUGAGGUGUGUUACAGCAUUUUUAAAAUUAUUUUAUAAAAGACCUUUCAACCCCUAUCCCCCCUUAAAAAAAAAAAUUUUCACUGCAGAAAUCUACACAUGACACGAUCACCAAUUGUUGCAGCUGUGAAUAAAUUUUAUCUAAUAACAAAAACAGAUUUGAGUAAGUAAUAUUGUGACGUCUCACCAGUCACAGUUUUUGUAACAUUUUGAUGAAGGAAGACCAGAUUACUGCAGUUCACACAAAUACACUUUGCUUCAACAUGGUUCUCAAGACCAGACACCUAAGUGGCUUUACUCUCCUAUUUUACUCUUCCUUUUUAGAUAUUUAGAUAUACCUUUAUAAUACUAGCAUAGUUCCACCUUAGAAUUGGAAUAUAAUAGAUAAGAUAUACCUUACUGAAUUUUCAUGUCAAUGGAUGCUGAUGGAGGUUUUGAUGUUUGCCUCUGUAGCCGUGCAUAAUGGCUAAGAAGAUGGAUCUUGUCUUCUGUUACUAAUGGCUGCAGUGGUAGAAAGUAGCUUUUCAUCUGGGUGGAAACUGCAAGUUUCCAGUUGAAUAAUGGUGUAAUAUCUCACUAUCUAAUGUUUGAAAAGGAGAAAUUCCUGUCUGCUUUGUACAUUGGGGGGUGGCAAAACCUAAAGAAACUGCUUCACGUCGUAACACUCAAAUGAGUUAUAUUUGUCAAAAUUAAGUUCAUAAAUUGGUAUAAAUAUUACUUGGUUAUUUUGGAUCAACCUAAUUGAUUUGAGUGUUGGUCCAACAAUUGUUUUUUUUUUUUUUUUUUUUGUGUAAGGCUGCAUUCACAUUAUCGAUUGAAGGGACCUGAACCAGAUAUAUUUGGUCUGCAUGCACUCUAAGGAACUGCUGUCGCAAUGAGAAAAACUGAUGCAACAUUUUGCAUAGAUUUUUU